AUGAUGAUCGCCUUCACGGCAGACAUCAGCGCCCAGUCGAUGGAGUUCGUGAGGGGUCACAGGGUAACCGGCAAAGCGUACCUGGUUGGCAAUGGCUUGCACUCCUUCGUGUGGGACUCCGAGCGCACCAGGGCUUUGUGCUUGACCUCGGCGCUGUACAAUGGCCUUAUUCUGACGAACUGGUUCAUGUUCAUGAGCAUUCUGUUUCCACGGCCUGACCUCAAAGCGGCUUUCGGCAAGCUGGCUUUGACGCAGAGCCUCUUGCAGCCGUUCGUCUACGUGCCAUUUUUCUUCCUGGCGCCUGAGAGUUGCAAAGUCAACUUCUGCUCGGUUGUAGGCGAUUUGUGCGUUUGGGUGCCACCUCGCCCCAUUUGA